GAUCAAUAAUCAAAAAACCAUACAGGAGACAGCUUUGCAAGUUCAUCUCUCCUAAAAUAGUCCACGUUCUUCCUCUUUCAGAUUUCACCAGCUAAGCUCCUUAGAUCUCUCCCCUUUUGAUUACCCAUGGCUCUCUAAAUCUCACUCUCUAUCUUCUUCCUCAAUCCAUUUUUUCGUUUCUCUCUCUCUUUACGAUCUGCUUCAAUGGAGGGAGGAGCCGAUGGAACCGUUCGCGUCGGUGGUGUAAACGCCAAGCCUGGUCGCGGAUUCGAAUUGGAGACGGAUGUGGCGGUUUCUUCUCCGGUGACUCGUCAGAAAGCCGCCGCUGCUAAACAGUUUAUCGAGAAUCAUUACAAGAAUUACUUGCAAGGUCUGCACGAACGAAUGGAGAGACGCAGAGAGUUUCAGAGGAAAGUGCAAGAAGCUCAGUUACCUGUUGAAGAACAAGACGAAAUGAUGAGGAACCUUGCUCGUCGUGAAACUGAGUACAUGAGGCUUCAGAGACGUAAAAUUGGGAUUGACGACUUUGAACUAUUGACCGUCAUCGGAAAAGGUGCCUUUGGUGAGGUUAGAUUAUGCCGUUUGAGAUCUACAGGAGAGGUUUACGCUAUGAAGAAACUGAAAAAAACUGAGAUGCUUAGCCGUGGACAGGUUGAGCAUGUAAGGUCUGAGAGGAACUUACUUGCAGAAGUUGACAGCCGUUACAUUGUAAAGCUUUUCUACUCUUUUCAAGAUUCUGAAUGUUUGUAUCUUAUCAUGGAGUAUUUACCUGGGGGUGACAUCAUGACUUUACUCAUGAGAGAAGACAUUCUCUCUGAAGAUGUUGCCCGCUUUUAUAUUGCGGAGAGCAUUCUUGCUAUCCAUUCAAUUCAUCAACACAACUACGUUCACAGGGAUAUCAAGCCUGAUAAUUUGAUUCUUGACAAAAGUGGGCACUUGAAGCUUUCAGAUUUUGGUUUAUGUAAGCCACUGGAUGAUAAGUAUUCUUCACUGCUAUUAGAAGACAACGAAACGCUGUCUCAAGAUUCAGAGAGCCAGCCAGGUAAACCAGACUCUGACGCACCCUGGCAAAUGCCUAAAGAGCAGUUGCUGCAGUGGAAACGCAAUCGCCGCGCGUUGGCUUAUUCAACUGUUGGAACUCUUGAUUACAUGGCUCCAGAAGUACUCUUAAAGAAAGGAUAUGGAAUGGAAUGUGACUGGUGGUCUCUCGGCGCAAUUUUGUAUGAGAUGUUAGUUGGGUAUCCCCCAUUCUGUUCUGAUGACCCCCGUAUAACAUGCCGCAAGAUUAUUAAUUGGAGGGUAUGCUUGAAAUUCCCUGAAGAACCAAAAAUAUCAGACGAAGCAAGGGACUUGAUUUGUCGCUUGCUAUGUGAUGUUGAUUCAAGGUUGGGAACCAGAGGUGUUGAGGAGAUAAGGUCGCAUCCGUGGUUCAUCGGAACCCAAUGGGACAAACUGUAUGACAUGGAGGCAGCUUUUAGACCCACUGUUGAUGGAGAACUAGACACACAGAAUUUUGAGAAGUUCCCUGACGUUGAAGGAUCACCAUCCGAAGCACCACAAGUUGGUCCUUGGAGAAAGAUGUUGACGUCCAAGGACACCAACUUCAUAGGAUUUACAUUUAAGAAGUCAGAUAUUACAAGAUCAAUGGAAAACACAGGUGCGGACAUGAAACCAAAUGGUUCAGGGGAAGCCCCGUCGUUGAUAUCAUUAUUAGGUCGGAUCAAUAUGGAAGAAGCUGAAGGUGGUGAGAUAAACCAAAAGACAUAGAGAAAUACAAAAAGAAUUGUUGAUUUUUUCUUCCGUUUGCAGUUGUUUUGAUCAUUUGGCAGAGGGCAAUGGAAGGCGAUGGUAGUUUUUUUAACCACAUGACUUAUAUGAUGGUUUAUAAAGACUUCUAUUUGCUUUUCUUUUCAUUUCCUGUAUUUUUCUUUUUCUGUAACAUAUUUGUUUUUUUUUUUCUUUAAUCUAUAAGGGAAACUGUAAAGCAUGGAAGAAUAAUUUUCGUAACAUUUUUACACAUAAUUUUUAUCAAAUUGAAAGCAUAGAAGUGAAAA